GGAGGUUUUGGGCAUUUUCACGAGCGGCAUUUAACCAUCAUGGCGGCAGAUUCGGUGCAAUACCAUCUCGAACGGAUGGUGCCCGAGUUGGAGGACCUCCAAGAACGCGGCUUCUUUACUGCUGCGGAGAUAAAGUCCAUUGUCAAACAACGCACAGCACACGAGUACCGUAUCCACCGUAUCAUUCCCCUCAAAUCCGAUUUUCUCCGCUAUAUUGCUUUUGAGGAAAAUCUGGAGCGCCUGCGACGGAAACGAAAGCGACGAAUGGGACAAGAAAAAGAGGCAGCAGCGCAUGGAAAGCCUUCUGAUCCCUCUGAGCCACCACAGAGCAGUUUAUCUGACUAUAGUAUCAUGCGGAGAAUCCAUGGGCUGUAUGGAAAGAUGCUGAAAAAGUUUAGCGGGGACACCUUACUGUGGGUUCAGUACUUUGAUUGGUGCAGAAAAGUCAACAGCUCAAAGGCACUCGGGAAGAACUUUGCCAAAGCGAUUCAGCUACAUCCGACAAAAGCCACAUUUUGGGUUAUGGCUGCUGCAUGGGAGUUUGAGCAGAAUGCAAAUAUGACAUCUGCACGUGUCUUAUUGCAACGGGGCCUGAGGAUCAAUCCGGAGAGCCAGAAACUGUGGUUGGAGUAUUUCAAACUGGAAUUGUUAUGGAUUGAAAAGAUCAAGGAGAGGAGAAAGGUUCUCUUCAAGGAUGGUGUACCUGGAGGGACGGCAGAUGCCGGUCAAGAUGACUCCAAUGAUGAGAGCAGCGAAGGAGUUACAGUUCCACAGCUCCAGGAAGAAGCACAUCUCUCCGCUACAUCACUUGAACGCGAUCCGACCGUCUCAUCAUCGACCACCCAGUCCUCCGACACAGCCGCUCUCUUGAAACCCACCCUCACUGCAAUGCAACAGACCCUCCUUAACGUUCUCAUUCCCCGUGCCGUUUACCGCAACGCCAUCAAAACCAUCCCAAAGGACUUGGACUUUCGUAUCGCUUUUCUGGGCAUUUACAAGGACUUUGGUGCCGAGACCCUGGCGGGACAAGAAGAAGUUUACGAGAGUUUACGUGAGGACUUUGGCCAUCUCCCUGCAGCACAGCGUGUGUUGGCGGAGCGGCAUGUUGAUGGAGUUGAUCCCACUGACCCGGCAUAUCCGGCUGCACUAAAAAAGGCUGUCCAAGCCUUCAAUAGUGCUGUGGAGCAACUGCCAUCGUCAGAGAUGUGGGAGCGGUAUGCAGACUUUUUGGCAACCUCGCUAACACGUGUUCAAGAAGAGAAUCUGACAAAAUACCUCACCCACCUCCUCCUGAAAUCCAUCACCCACGCCCACACUCACCACUUCGCCACUGAACGCAUGUAUCUCACCUGGGCAAAACACUCUGCGCCAUUACCCGUCCUCCAAGCCGCUCUUGAACGCCUCCCCGGUAGCGCCCAAUUAUGGAUAUCCAUCAUUUCGCACAGUAAGGACGAAGCCAAACAAGAACUCUACGAAAAGGCUAUUAAAGCCGUCCAAAAAGAUGAACAACACGUCAUUUGGACGGCUUACUUGCAGUCGCUGACUCAACACUGGGCUCCUCCCGUCACGGCCGACUCUGACGCUCCCGACUCGUUUUCCUCCAUCUCAAACCAAUUCACAAGAGCCCUCUCUAUCCUCUCUUCUACUCCCCACGAAGACACGAUUCUAUCCCUUUACCUCCAUUUCGCACGAACAGCGGGAUUAGGACGUCUUCGAAGUGUUUACGACCGUCUUAUCGGCACAAAAACUCGCAGCACGUCAUUUUAUAGGACCUGCAUCGCGAUGGAAACGGAGGGUGCUAAACGGCCAGUGUCUGUUGAUAUGGACAUGGUGCGGAGGGUGCGGAGGCUAUGGGAAGGUGCACUGAGUUCCAAUGUGUCCAAUAUAGAUACGUGGCUAGAUUACAUUCAUUUUGAAAUGACCGUCCCAAAGGACUUUGAUCGUGCGGCUCAGUUGUAUUGGAAAGCUAACAAAUGUGUUAGUGAUCAGGAAGAGUUUGUGAGACGGUACGAGGAAAUGAAGGGCGGUUUGUGAAUUGCGUCUUUAAUAUACUUGAGCGAUUGUACCUGCACGUCGUGUUGCGAAUUUGGUGCGGAUCCGUGCGUCGUCCCAAAGAUGCUUUUCUAAAAGUAAGAUCCAUGCGCUGCUUCAUUGCUACAAGGUGGCACUGACCAACACAUUUGAUAAUGUACAAAAACC